GAGUUUUGACUUUACGUCUAAACUCUAGUUGUUCCGUGACUGCUGGAGAGAGAAGAGGUGGCUUGUUAACAGAAAGGCAGUGGUAGAUUCGUGUGUGUACUAAUUCACGAAUUGAGAUCACGACAUUAUUACGCUAAUUGUCACGACAUAUUUAUCCUACGCACUCAUCUUCUUCUGCCUGACAAUGACCGGAUAAGUUGGGGUCAAGUGAGGAUCCGUGAUUUUAAAUCGUUCAUAUCAAGAUAUUACACGUACUCAUAUCAAGCAGCCUUCCGGUUUGUGAGACACUUCCAAAAAACUGAAACAUAUCUGCGUGUGAAAUUAAUUAAUUUUGUGAAUAAGGAAAUAAAUAGCGACUAAAUAAUGACAUUUGUAUGUAUGUAAUGGUUGAGAAUUUUUUUAAAUCCAGUCUCAAUUUAGACGAAAUAAUAUCAAUAAUAUGCAAAUCUGUUGAAUUAUUGAUACAAUUUAGACUUGUGACAUUGGUGAAAGUAAAUUUUGGACAUGCCCUUAAAAACCAGAGAAUGUGAAACUAUGCUGGCUUAAAACGUCUUGGAACUUUCUCCAUUGCGAGUGAAAAUCACUGCGAGGGAUUUAAAAUUCCAUACCGAUUUUCGAGAUUCCAAAUUUUUACAAAUGUUGAACGUGAGCAUGAACCAACUAGGAACCGUUUAUGCGACAAAGCGGCGGAGAAGGAAUGGCAAAAGUAUCAAGCCACCGCCCAAGGAUGGAAUGACAAAGAGCAACCCAUCCAAGCGACAUCGCGAACGGUUAAAUGCCGAGCUUGACAAUUUGGCAUCUCUUUUGCCAUUCGAACAAAACAUUUUGAGCAAAUUGGACCGUCUGAGCAUCCUCCGACUAGCGGUUUCCUACCUCCGGACGAAAUCAUACUUUCAAGUGUCCACGGCCCGUGAGAAGGAUGAUGGGACGGACUACAACGGGAGGAGAGGAGAAUUAAUCGCGUACGAUCAUACACCUCUCGACGGUGAAUACUUCCUUCAGGCCCUCAACGGAUUCCUUUUAAUCUUGACGUGUGAUGGGGAAGUGUUUUUUGCGACGCAUAGUAUUGAAAGUUAUCUGGGAUUUCAUCAAUCGGAUAUCGUUCACCAAAGUGUAUACGAGCUAGUCCAUUCCGAAGAUAGGGAAGAACUGCAGCGACAAUUAAUGUGGAAUGCAUUUUGUCCUCAAGAACUUUCGGGCAUUCCUUUACAAGAAAUUAUCCACACUUCGGACCACUGUCACUUCCUCGAGAGAUCUUUCACCGUCCGAUUCAGAUGUUUGCUGGAUAACACUUCAGGAUUCUUGAGAUUGGACAUCCGCGGCCGCAUAAAAGUCCUGCACGGUCAAAACCGGAAGUCGGAAGACCCACCCCUCGCCCUCUUCGCCCUGUGCACCCCCUUUGGUCCCCCCUCACUCCUGGAACUUCCUUCCAGUAACUCUCCUGAUUCACAACAGAAAGAGCUAAUGUUUAAAUCGAAACAUAAAUUGGACCUCAGUCUGGUCAGCAUGGACCAGAGGGGGAAAAUGUUGUUUGCCUACUCUGAUACGGAAUUCACCACCAUGGGAGGCUACGAGCUUGUCCACUUUGAGGACCUUUCCUACGUCGCAUCCGCUCACCAAGAGUUACUGAAAACUGGUGCAAGUGGGUUAAUCGCGUAUCGAAUGCAAACCAAAGAUGGUCAGUGGCAAUGGCUACAAACGUCGUCUCGUCUCGUGUACAAGAAUUCCAAGCCUGACUUCAUCAUAAGCACUCAUCGACCUUUAAUGAAUGAAGAAGGACGGGAUCUGCUCGGGAAGAGGACGAUGGAUUUCAAAGUUUCAUAUUUAGAUGCUGGCCUAACUAAUUCUUACUUCUCCGACCAAGAUACGAUCUCAUCUCAAUCAUCUACACCAAACAUCACGCCGACCAAUGCCACACCCAAGACGAGGAGGUAUAAAACUCAGUUGAGAGAUUUUCUAGCUUCUUGCAGAUCGAAAAGAAAAAUCGCCACUGUUCCCCCAGCCGAGUAUCCCCACCACAUCGCACCCACCCAUCCUGCAGAGACUUCCGCUCUCCAGGCUGCGUACUCCACCGCCGCCGCCGCUGCUGCCGCAUACUCGACCACACCUCCAUAUGGUUGCACCCAACUAUACAACAACUACGGUCAUCCUGCAGCAGACUACGCCCCCCAGCAAAACUUUUACCACCCCACGAACCACUUUGAGACGAAUCGCUACCUGGAAAACUCGCUCCUCUACCGCCCCUACUACCCAGACUAUACGAACGCCUCCUCCUGGGGGUGUAUCUACGACUCGGCCACAAGCACCACCACCACCCCGGCCUCUAAUUGUACCCCCGAGUAUAACAAGCAGCAAAAUUACACCAUUAACCACCAGCAGCACCUCGGCGACAAGAAGUCAGAGCUUAAAUCAUCCUCAGACUAUCUCUCCCACUAUACGAACGGCACCUCGGGCUCAUCAAAUUCCGAUAUGCCACGACAAACAGUCCUCAUGUGGGCUCACCAAUCCCAUUCCUCUGGGCGACAGAACUCUAGUAAUUCUUCUUCCUCCACAUCCUCCUCCUCCGUCAUCCAGCCCCACCAUCAUCACCAGUAUGAGAAGAAAUACUCGCUCCUUGACCCCUUGAAAUCCUUAAGUGGCGUCAUUUCAACGGUAGACCAUCACCAUCCGGGUCUCAUAUCCGGAGGGGACGAGUCUGCGGCCAUCACAGCCAAGAGUUUGUACCUCCAGGGGUAUUCCUCUGGGGCGGAAGAGGUAUGGGCGGCGGCACACCACACCCACUCGUCUCACCACCCGCACACUCACCACUCUUUGGGCUCAGCCAUCGACUCAUAUCAUCAACAAAUAAUGCCCAGCCAUUCGGUCAUAUCGCCGGCAGUUCAUCCCCAAUCAUCAAAUCGGACAGAAGUCCUUUGUUGUCCAUCUCUGAGGUGACCAACGCUCUACUAAAUGAUUGACUAUUCCACCGAAGUUUUGACACGACAGAAUAAAAUCGAACGUUGAGUGUCACUACUUCGAGAAUGACAUUUUAUGUAUCACCCAAUCUCGUCUCACCAUCAUCAUUAUUAUCAACAUACAAUUUAUAGUAUUUCAAAAUAUUACCAAAAAUCACAAAUCUCAAGUUUUAAUUAGUCAGCGUUCGUUCGUUGACUGUAAUUAUUUUGUAACUUGUAAAACUCAAUUUAAUUAUGUAUUCCUCUUGUUUACAAGUAUUUACAUUUUAUCCACAAUUUUCAUAAUGUAUAAGCGAUACGCAUAAUAAUUCUCCGCGAUGUUCUGUGAUACUUUUUUCUUCAAGUCUAAUUAAUUAAUUAAUUAGUUUAAUUAUAGUUUAAUUACCGGAGAAGAAAAUAUUUGUAAUAUAUUGAAUUAAUACUUACGUGACAUUCACACUACCAAAUGGUUUCCUAUAGAAUUGAUGUCACAAUAUAUAAAUAACUUUACUUUUGCAUGAUUUAUGUAAAUGAGACGUGUUCCCCACUCUUCGUAAGUAAGAAAAAGAAAGAUGAUGCUCUUCCACCCUGUUGGAUUUUUAGAAAACCUUAACUUUAUCAAUUAAUUACCUUCACUCUAAAGACACUCACAUACAAAAUAAUAUCGUCACUUCAGUGCACUAAUGCAGUACAUUUGUGGAAAAAUAAUUACUCUACAUAUCAGACACACAUACCAAAAAAUCAAACCAGGAGAUAUUUCAAAAUCAUGUAAAUUAUGAGAUUUCCUAGUAAUUCAGAAUCUAAGUAACAUUAAAAUUACUUGCUAUGAAUGUAAAUCAGUCAAUCUAAAUAUUUGGAAAAAAGUUAAGAAUUAAUUCAUCUCACUCAAUUUAUGUAUCUUGACUAAAAUUACAUAGAUAAAUUUCCUGUUUAAAAUGUGCACAUUUUUCCAAGAUUCGAAAACACUCCAAGUUGAGAAAGUGUUCGCCCCCGUAAAACCAUACACCAAAAGUUGUUUGUGAUUAAUAGUCCAAUAAUUAUUAUGCUUCAUUAUUGCUCUGUUUUUAGACAUAGAUAAAACCUAUUUAAUAAGAAGUACUGUACUGUAUACUCAAAUCAAAACUGUGUGUUUGCUGACUAAAGUAAAGUAGCAAAUAUAAAAUGGAAAUGAAAAAUCAUAAUAAAUCGAUAAAUAUGAAAUGAUU